AUGGGUCUCUUCACCAAAUUGAGGCCUGACGACCGUCGCAAGCUGCUUCCGAUGGUGCCCCAGCCAUACAUGGGCCACUCCAAAACCAACAUCUCAGUAUCUUCGGCUGCUGACGGCUCUGAGUUUCUGCUGGUGGCCUCGGCCUCUUCCCAUUCGCUGGCUGAUACUCACAAACGCCACUCAGAAAUUCCUAAGGGUAUGGCCCAAACUCGUAUGACUCAAAACCAUGACACGAAGGAAGCUAACAGAAGACUGGUGCAUGGCUAUGCUUCAGCUAACGUGGCAGCAUCUAGCCACAAUCUAUACCAGCAGCAGCAGCACUACCAGCAACACUACCAGCAGCAGUAUCUACAAAACUAUGAGAAGCAAUACCAGCAUCUGAACAAGCAACUGUUCUUUAAUGGCCACAGCCGGAGUCUGAGUGAAUUGCAAACUCAAUACAACCAGAACCAUCAGGGCCGUGCUCCGGUUCUUCCACAGGUUCCACUACAGAGCCAGAUGCAAGGUCAAAAUGGAUAUCAAUAUCGAAGUCAAAACCAGGUUCAAAACCAAAAUUAUCAAGGCUAUGACCAGUCCUACAUGUCUCAACAACCAUACCUGUUUCCCACGCAAGGGACUCAAGCGUCCUUACGUAGCCAGAGCAUCCAAAGACAGAGCCAGCUCUAUCAGCCGGGCCCAAUUGGCCCUGCCUCGGCAGACACAAGUGCAGAGUUUUCUGAAGAAGAAUACACCUCCGAGUCGGGAUCAGAGGAAGAGUCAGAAUCGGAGUCCGAGCCUGAACCAUCGCGGAAACAUCCAUAUUACGAACAGUGGAAACAGUACUACGCAGCCAUGGCAUCUUAUCAGGCAAUAAACCAGCAAAGAGCCAAUCCAAAUUACCGUCACUCAAUGUAUACGGGAAAUCUAGCGUCAAACACCCACUCCAUUGGCAGCAACCAUCAGAGUUCAGAUUAUCUUGCCUACUGCAACCAAAUUAGCCAAAGUGCUGCCGAAAAUAAGUUUGUCCAGCAUUCAAGACGCAACACAUUAAAGCUGAAUAGAUCCUCGUCAGUUCCGCUGUUGGUAAUCCCAAAGCAGUCCCAAGUUUCGGGUGGAAGAGCUGUCUCCGUCAAUGUCACUAUUCCUGAUGCCGAUCAAAUUCCACACAGUUCUAGUAUGACCAGCAUGAGAAAUGUCAUUGGGUCCAGACGAGCAUCUGCUAUUGCAGUUAAUACUUACACGAGACUGGCUUCUGAAGUCAGAAUUCCCAGAACAUCUUCAGGACUUAUACUGUCUGGCGAAGCAAAUGCUGUUUCUGAUCGCUAUGACUACCAAGAUGUGCAUCUCACAGAGACACCCUCGGAACCACGCUCUCGUACUUCAUCUCAGACAAUCACAAUGCCUAAAACCAGAAAACCUCUCUCAAGACAAGCGUCGAUCGCACGGAAGUUUUCGCAAGUUAGGAAAGCAUCAUCCCACCUGAUGACGGAGAGAAUGCUGAGGAUCAGGUUGAACGAAGAGGGUGAAGAGGAGAUCUCCGACUAUGAAGCGUUCCUCUUUGAAGACUCUGAAGCAGACGGCACCAAUGGUGACAUUCUGGAAUCUGAUGGUUCCCCAGGGGUGACGAGCUCUCAAGACAAUACUGAAGCACAAAUUGUUCCGGGAUCAAAUGUUCCUGAGCCACCAGUUCUCGAUUCACUAUUGAUCACAGAAAAUUCAACGGCUGUUUCUUUAGAGAAGAAAAAUCCAACACCUGUUGUCGAGCCCGCAAGAGCUACAUCGAGCCCCAAGCAAGAUAUUCGUGAUAUGAUUAUUCAAGAGGGUCCACCACCCCAGGGGUACAGCACCGAGGCUUCUAAUGGAUUGAACAGACAAGACUCCAGCGCUUCCACAUCAUCGUACAAUUCACUCCAAAGCGAGAACAAUUUUACAGUUGGAAGAAUUCCUAACCGUUUGGUAACACCUUCGACUUCGACUAGCUCCAAACGAAGACGUCCAAAGGAUACUCAAUCAUUUGUUCCUCCAAUGCAGGGUCCACCUCCUCCAAUCUUCUCGAGUGCUCCUACUCUGCCUGGUCAUGAGGGACGUCAUUCUCCAAUGCCGACUGGAAGAGACAGCAGAAGAAACACUCUCGGCAACCUAGGCAUAAACGAAUCUUUCCAUAUUCAACAAAUGCAACAGCAGAUCCAGCAACUUCAGCAGAUGCAGCAAAUGAUGCCGAUGUAUGGAAACAAUACAUCUGGUGUAUUCAGGAGUCUGCCACCACCUCCAGCUAAGUCAUCCGAUAGCACUAUUAACGACAAAAUAAAUGAGUUCGUUGACCUCAGAAAAAUCAUUGCAUCGGGAAAUAAGUCUGUCGAGUAUAGACUUAAGUGGAUGAAGAUGUUGGUUGUUGCAAUUCAGUAUAAGGUUUAUGCAUACAUCAACAUCAAGGGAGACUCCAUUGCACAGGACCAAAUUGCUGAAAACAAACGCUUCUUUAUGAAGUCUGCAGUUACUCAUCUUCAGAAGUUGGUGAAGGAGCUUGAGGGUCCUAAACUGCCAAGUACGUACACAGUUUUGGCCGAAGCAUGCUACAUCUAUGGAUGUCUUCUCAAGCAUGAGUAUGUUGAGAGAUUUGAGCAGGACUUUGGAAUCCCUAGAGAUGAUGAACAAGCCACUGUCUACUUGAAAAAAUGUUUGGAGCUAAACCCUGCAUUUUUCAAGGCACAUUAUCUGUUGGCAGAAAUUUACGAGCAGCAAGAAACUGAGGAAGCAUUUGAUAGAGCCUUGGAUCACUAUAAGGAGUCUGCUAGAUUGGGAUACUACCGUGGUAUCUAUCGUGUAGCGUUGAUUUUGUUGAUGGUUCCUAAAGUUAGGAAUUUGAAUUACCUUAAGUACUUCCGGAGCUUGUCGGAUAUUGAUAUGCAAUCCAAGGAUAUCCAGCUCAGCGGAUCGGACCGUGAUGAAUUAGAAGAGGUGGUUGGUUUGGCACUGUACCAACUAGGUCGCAUAUAUGAAGGCAUCUACCCUGGUGACUUGAAGGCAGAUGACGAAUUUGUUCGUGGGUCAUUGGAACUUGCGCCUGUGAAUUAUGCGAAGAGUUUGUCGUAUUACAACCGGGCAGCCAAGCAUCAUUGUCUUCUCGCACAAGUGAAGUUGGGCCAUAUCUACGAGAGUGGAGAUUUGAACAGACAAAAGAAUGCUGCAAAGUCCAUCCAGUGGUACAUCAAGGCUGCGACAUCUCCACUCAAGUUUAAACGUCACCCAGAGGCCAUGUUAGGUAUCAGCCGCUGGUUUUUUAAAGGAUCCAACGGAGAGAGCAAGCAUAUUCCGGUCGCUGAUCCACAGAGGGCCGUUGAGUGGUGUGAGCGAGCAUUCAAGGAAUUCCAGUCUCCGGAAGCAUGUCAUAUGUUAGGAAUUUACGGGCAACAAGGAUUUGGGUUAGGAAAUGCCGAGGAGUGGUUUGCUGAGGCUGAAAGGUUGGGGUACCAACCCAGCCUCCAAGGAGAUGAGACCAUUGGUAAUGGAAAUGAAGAUUCAACGGCAGAAACAAAUGUUGUCCAGAGUUGA